AUGGCUCCCUUUCUUAUGAACAACCAAAACACAGUCGGCGAGACACCACCGAACGCAGUACCAGAAAAUACAGCAGCGGCUGAAAUUCCGUGCGCUGCUCAAGUCACCCAUUCGGAUCAAGUUAAGGAUCAUGCUAUCGAUACAGAAUUCCUUAUUGUUGGCGCAGGGCCUGCGGGUGCAGCCUUAGCUUGCUUUCUUGGCUCUCAUGGGCUCAAGGGCAUCAUGAUCAGCAGUGCGCCAGGGACAGCGAACACCCCUCGCGCACAUAUUACCAACAUGGCAGCACUCGAAUGUCUACGAGAUAUCGGUCUAUAUGAGGAACUCCAAAAAUUGGGAUCUACGGGCGAAGAACAUAUGCAACACACCAGAUGGUGCCACAGUAUGGCAGGCGAAGAAUACGCGAGAAUUGAUUCCUGGGGUAAUGACCCGAGACGGAAGGGUGACUACGAACUGGCGAGUCCAUGUGAACCAUUUGACCUCCCACAGACAGUGAUGGAACCGGUUCUAGUCCGCCACGCAGCUUUGAAAGGCUUCAAAUGUCGUUUCCAUACGACACUUGUUUCGUUCGUCAAUGAAGAGAAGACUGGGUUGAUCACAGCAACCAUCCGCGAUGACAUCUCAAACCACGAAUACCAUAUCCGCACCAAGUAUCUGUUGGGGGCCGAUGGUGCCCGCAGCCAAGUGGUGAAGCAACUGAAUUUGCCUCUCGCAGUUUUGCCGGGACAAGGUAUCGCGAUCAACGUGCUUGUCAAGGCCGAUCUCUCCCAUCUUAUCAAGAAUCGAACGGGCAACCUCCAUUGGGUGAUGCAGCCAGAUCGCGAGCACCCUAACUUUGGCUGGAUGGGGAUCGUUCGCAUGGUCAAGCCUUGGAAUGAAUGGAUGUUCAUCUUAUUCCCAGAUCGCAGCUAUGACCGCUCUAAAGACAAGCCCUCUAUGGAGGAGUACCAGAAGAGGGUGCAAGAGUUUAUUGGCGAUGACACACCCGCCGAAAUUCUCGAUAUCUCAUCCUGGUUUAUCAAUGAGAUUGUUGCAGAGAAGUACUCGGAAGGUAACAUCUUCUGUCUCGGCGACGCUGUGCACCGUCAUCCCCCAUUGAACGGUCUGGGCUCAAAUACGUGCAUCCAAGACGCCUUCAACUUAGCCUGGAAGCUUGCCUAUGUCUGCAAGGGCCUCGCGUCCCCGUCGCUUCUAUCCACUUACUCCAGCGAGAGACAGCCUGUUGGUCAUUCGAUCAUCACCCGAGCAAACCAGGCGCUCCGCGAUCACUUGCACAUAUGGGAUGCGCUCGGGAUGCUGCCGACGGAUCUUUCUGAACGGAAGCAGAUAUUGGAGGCUUUAAAGAGUGCAACUCCACAAGGAUCAAAUCGCCGCCGUGCUUUGCGCGCGGCAAUCAAACAUACCUCUCAUGAAUUCAACGGGCUGGGAAUCGAAAUGAACCAACACUACGAGGGCCAAGGAAUCUAUAUGGCUGACGAAGCACAUCCUUAUGAGCAAUUUGGACGAGCAGUCGAGGACAAGAUACUGUAUCAUGAACCAAGUACAUAUCCUGGCUCACGUUUGCCGCAUGCUUGGCUCAAUAAGGCGACUCCGGAGGAGCCUAUCUCGACGAUUGAUCUUGCUGGCCAUGGCUCAUUUAUACUUUUGACUGGAAUUGGAGGUGGAGCGUGGAAGGAAGCGGCGGCAACAGUUGCCGAGAAGCUCAAUAUUCCAAUUCAAGCAUGCUCGAUUGGAUUCAGGCAAGACUGGGAGGAUGUGUACUUUGAGUGGGAAAAUGUCCGAGGUGUGGAAGAAUCAGGGGCUGUAUUGGUGCGACCGGAUCGAUUCGUUGCAUGGAGAGCACCAGAAACUUUGCAAGACUGUGAAGCCUGUGAAGGAAAGCUUCUCAUGGUUAUGAGAUCCAUUCUGGGAUUUGAAGACCUGUGA